AUGUCCAACGUGAUUCGCUCUCUUUCCGAUCACUAUGCACUUCUGCUUUCAUGCUGGGGCCAACCCCAGCGAGAAGAAGGUCUGGUUGCGGAAAGACUCGCACUUGGCCUUGCCGAGUCGCUCUCCGCCCUCGAUGGUCCCGUCGCACUCCUCCGUCUCGAAUUCUCCAGCUCCCCCUUUGACAGUGCAACGCUCACCCAGGUCAAGACCAUCUGUUACGAGCUCAACCGCCACCUGGGGAGGCUACUGUACCUGUCCAGUUCCCUGCCGGAGCAUUUUCAAUCGAUGGUCGCGCGACGCAUGGGGCUAUUGGAUCAUCGCAACAUCGGCGACAUCAUGGCCGUUCUGGGGGUCGUGGAGCAGGCGUUGAAGACUGGAGAUCCCUUGCCGGAAGUGUUGCCGACGCCACUGGUCAAACGCACCUGUGAGUUUUGGCAAGUUCAUCAGGUUGAGAUCGAGCUGAGUACGGACUUGAUCCGGGAUGAGAAUUAUCGCCGGUUCUGCGUGGCUGUGACUGCGUAUUUGAUGUUUUUGAGUGCAGUUGAUGAUCUGGUGCUUGUGAUGAAGGGGGCAUUGGGCGAGUCUCACAUUGUCCGUCGAAGGUUGGUUGAUGCACAGCCACGCUGCUUGGUCUGA